GCAAACCCACCUUCUUCUCUCCACCCAUGGCCACCGCAUCAACCAUCACCAUCAUCAACACCUUUCUCCGCCGCCAUCGCCGCACCUGAUCGCUCCUCCUCCUCCUCCGCCGUCGGAAUCUGUAGUCCAGACUACAUGUUAGGCCUCCGGAACACCCUUCUCUUACCGCCACCACCACCACCACCGCAGAUUACACAGCCCUCGCCGGUAAAUUUCGCGGCGGUGGAAGGCAGCAAGGCGAGCAGUAAUGUAGAAGAGAAAGUGUGCAGAGAUUGUGGGAACAGAGCGAAGAAAGAGUGUUUGUUCGAAAUGUGUAGGACUUGCUGCAAAAGCAGAGGCUACCACUGUGCCACUCACGUGAAGAGCACGUGGGUUCCUUCUUCUCACCAUCGCUCUUCUUCUUCUUCGUCUUCCGACAGGAGGAAGAAGCUCAAAAUCGAUUCCUCCUCCGACAAACCCAAUCCUUCAAAUGUCUCGAUCGUUCCGACAGCCACUUCUCGCCAAGAGACAAGCUUCAAAGAAAGGUUACCGGGGAAAAUUGAAGCCCCGGCGGUUUUUAGACGGACGAGAGUAACAGCGAUAAGCGACAACGAGCAAGCAGAGAUCGGUUAUCAAGCGACUGUAACCAUUAGUGGACAUGUCUUUAAAGGCUUUCUUCAUUACCAUGGUGUUGAUCACAACAAAGCUUUUCCA